AUGAAAGAGAAGCAAAAGGCACCGGCGGGCAAGAAAGAGGAGGAAACCAAUUCCAGGAGGAAGCUGCCCACUGCCGAAUCUCAGAGCGAUGACAUCAGCAAAGUUGCGAAGUCUAGUAAGAUCAUGGAAAGGAUGGUGAACCAGAACACAUUCGAUGACAUCACUCAAGACUUCAAGUACUUUGAGGAUGUCGCUGACGAGUUCCGGGAACAAGAAGGAACGCUUCUGCCACUAUGGAAGUUUCAGUACGAUAAAGCCAAACGCCUGGCUGUGACUGCCCUCUGCUGGAGCCCCAAGUACAAAGACCUGUUUGCGGUGGGCCACGGAUCCUGUAAG